AAACAUGGCGACGCCCAGCGAACUGUCUAUCGAAGAGAUUCGUCAAUAUUUAUUGGAAAACGGUGGUACUGCACGCAAUCACGACGUGGUGAAGCACUUCAAGAAAUUCCUCACGGACCCUGAAACCCGAGUGGAGGCACGGAAUCGUUUCAAGGAGUACGUAAACACCCUGGCUACUAUAAAGAACGAAGAGGGAGAAAAAUAUUUGGUUCUGAAGAAGAAGUACCGUCAAAGUCCCUUAGACCUUUCCACCGCGGAGCAAAGUGCAUCGCCUAUUGCCACCCCCGACCUAGCCACCCCAGUCUCGCCUCUUCGAGUUCCACCCCCCUAUCGGCCGCCACCCCCCGCGCCUCAAAGUCCGUCGUCGAAUAACGGAAACCCUCAACAAGAUGAAUCGAGUUUCGUCCACGAAGAGGCAACGAUCAACGAGCAAAAAAAUGGCGAGACCGGAUUUUCAACGUCAUCUCCACCCGUACCACCGCGGCGUAAAAGUCAAGAUAAGAUCAAGCUAGAGAACAAGGAAAACGUCGACAGGAAUAAGGGAGGAUCAGAGGCAGUUAUCAAGGAAGAUGAGGCAGUCGUGGCAAAUCCAGGCUCAACCGAGCAAUUAAGCUUCCGCGAACGGAUGCAACGUUUCAACCGGAUGGCUAGCGAAACCGAUCUCCAAGGCAGACCUAACGGCGCUAUCACGCCCACUAAAAAGCGAUCAGACAAGGGCGCCGACGAAGAUGACAGCGCUUCCGUUGCCUCGCAACUGGACGGGAAGUCACGGGAGUGGUUGGUCAGAGCGGCGCAAGGGGAUUAUCAGGCAUUGGCGAAAUUGGCUGCGGAGGAACCUCGACUCGCCCGGCUCAAGGAUCCAACGUCCUAUACGGCGUUGCACUGGGCGGCCAAACAUGGCGACGAGAACAUCGUGAAGCUGAUCGCUGGGACCUACAAGGAUUACAUCAAGAGCGUCAACGAGACUACGAAUGGGGGAUACACGCCGUUGCAUAUUGCCAUGCAGUUUGAUCACGAGAACAUCUUCAAUCUUUUGGUCCAAGUCUAUGGUGCGAAUCAAGAGAUACGCGAUUACAGCGGAAAGAAGGCCAGACAGUAUUUGGUCUCUCAGGAGGCCGCUGUCAGUCAGGACACCUUCCGCAAAAUAAAAGCAAGGAAAAAGCAUGCAGAGAAAGAUCUUGGUUUCCUGCGAAUUGGCUCGUUGAACGUACGCGUGAAACGUACGACGGAAGCGUUCAGCCAGUUCCUGGGUGUGGCAACUAGCAGCGCCAGCAGCAACCACGAGAAGAUACACAAGACAUGGGGAUCGGCGGAUAAUGUACAGCUGGAGCAAAAGAUGAUGCCUCCACCAAAGUACGCGCCCAUAAAGAAGCGGAGGAGCCGCCGCGCGCAAGACUUCAGCUCUUCCCGAGAUCAUCAGCCCGCCAGUCAGCCCAGCACGCCGUUGCUCCAAGGAAAAGUAUCUCGGUCCAGUCAUUCUAUUCAUCGUCGACCAACGUCCACGACGGCUGUGAAUUCCAACGCGACGCCGAGGAUUCAGCAGAACAACGACUCGGACUCUGACACCGCGUGCGGUUUCGAUUCCGCUUGGAGAGGAUCCGCGCAGCUGUAGCUCGAUCUACAUCUUCGUGAAACGUGGAGGCUUUAUCGAAUCACGGUGUACCUUGUCUAUUUUUGAGAGCAUAUUCUAUUUCGCAAUUAGCUUAAGUUGAUAUACCAAAAUGAUGAAGGAAAGAAUUAGAUUAACUUAGAAUUUGUAAUGUAAACGAGUAAACGUAAAUGAAUUUGUAAUGUAAUUAAUUGAAGGGAGUUAAGAGCUUUGACAGUCGUCGACUUUUUAACAGGGGUUCGCACAAUGGUUUUCUAACGAUAUUUUUCUACGUUGUAAGGACAGUACUCUUUGCCGUUAUUUGUUAAUGUACAAUAGUUUUGUGUAAGUGCCUUAUUUAAUGAUUAGAGUCGCUUAGGUUUAUCGAUGAGUUCUUACGAGAGACCAAAUAUAUUCUUGCGAAACGAGAGAUUUUUAUAUACAGGGUGGUAUCACGCACGAUUUUAUGGUACGGUAUUUCUCUUGAGAAACGAUUAAUGUACCUAAGUGAGCGGGGAGUUAACUUGCAAUAUUGUCUGUGUUAUUUAACAAACCUAUUAAUAAUGUCGUAGAUUUUUUAAAUCUGUAUAAAUGAUUUUAUUGAAAAAUAAUAAAUAGUAAAUUGUA